AGCAACGGAUGUCGUAAGCUGACGCUAUAUAAAAAUCUCCCAAAGGAGAGAAAGAAAGCGCGUUAAACAAACGUAACCUAGUACUGUGGGUAAAUCAACCAUCCAUUCAACCAAGAUUGCUCUGAUUUUUUUUCUUCUUCAGCUCUAACUUCUAUGGCCGCCACUGCAGGAUAAAAUUUGGCUAUAUCUCUCCAUCUCUUGUGCCAAUUGCUGAGUACACAAGUGUAUGACUGGGUGAUCAUAUAGGACUAGUUUAAGUACGGUUGAGAGUUGGGAUCUGAAGUUGUUUUUUUCCAUUCCACCAUCCAUGUGUUCUUUACUCCAUAGUUUGUUGGUGGACUUAGAUGGCAAUUACCUUACUGGGACUACAUCGUAAAAGCCAGGUUGAUAAACUGUCACUCUUAAUGGAUCGACCAGAAAACCACAAUGUCACUCAGCACGUUAUUGACAUAACAAGUAGCAUUGAUGCUUCCUCUUCUAGCUCAUCCCAUGAUAGACCAUUUAGUGGCAUAGAUCCGCUGCAACAUGAAGACCGACCUUCUACUAGUGUGAGGACCCCAGUUUUUCAACCUUCAGCAUCUUCUGCCAAUGGAUCAACCUCUAGAAAUUCAUCAUUUAUUAGGAGAGGGGAUAGGCAAGGCCGCCACCGUAGGAAUCCAUUAAAUUCUGGUCUGUGGAUUUCUAUUGAACUUGGUCUAACAGUUUGCCAGAUUAUUGCAUCAAUUGUCGUGUUAUCUUUGUCAAAGCACGAGCGCCCACAUGCUCCGUUGUUUGCAUGGGUUGUGGGUUAUGCAUCCGGAUGUGUUGCAACGCUCCCGAUUCUGUAUUGGCGUUAUCUUCAUCGCAACCAGACUUCAGACCAAGAUUCAUCUCAGCCUCAUCAGGGUUCUUCUGUUAGCAACCUUGCUGUGAGACCUACAUCUUAUUCAUCUAUUUUUAGUACAAGGACUUCAGAAGGGGAAGAUCGACGUAGUACUGGGACACCAUCUAGAUUUGGCCUGAAUGUGGAAAUACUCACUACAAGACUCAAGGUACUGGUGGAAUACAUCAAGAUGGCUUUGGAUUGCUUCUUUGCAGUAUGGUUUGUGGUUGGCAACGUGUGGGUCUUCGGGGGGCACUCUUCUGCCUCUGAGGCUCCCAACUUGUACACGUUGUGUAUAGUGUUUCUUACUUUUAGCUGUAUCGGAUACGCGAUGCCAUUUAUUCUGUGUGCUACAAUCUGCUGCUGCUUCCCUUGUAUAAUUUCCAUCCUGGGCUUCAGAGAGGAUCUGACUCAAAAUAAAGGAGCCACAUCAGAAUCGAUAAAUUCUUUGCCAACCUACAAGUUUAAGAUAAAGAAAGGUAAAAAUGGUAAUGAUAGAGAAAUCAACUCAGGUGCAGGUGAGGGAGGGGUUGUGGCUGCAGGAACAGAAAAGGAACGGGUGAUAUCAGGAGAAGAUGCAGUUUGCUGCAUUUGCUUGGCUAGGUAUGCAAACAAUGAUGAGCUUAGGGAGUUGCCAUGUACUCAUUUCUUCCACAGGGAAUGCGUGGACAAGUGGCUAAAGAUUAAUGCAUUAUGUCCCCUAUGUAAACAUGAGGUUGGUGAGAGCAUUUUGGGUUCGCUCUCUGAAGCAGCUGCUAGCUUGCGACGUCUGUAAGUAGGGUGGGUAAUGGUUUGGACAAAAUUGUGCUAAGAUUUAGUGACAUAAUGACCUUUAUCGAAUAUUUGUAUAUUAAGUGAUGCUUCGAGUUUGGGACUAUUUGCCCAAAACUUCAUUGCCUCUAA